AUGGAGCAUGCCAUCACUGUAUACCAACUCAUUGGCAGUGAUGUCAUGGAAAGAGAACAAAGUGUGGAUAAUUUGGUUACCAAACUCCAGCUAUAUGAAGAAAGUAUCUCUCCUCGCUAUGGACCUGUGUUUUGUCUGUGGAAAGACUGUCCAAGGAUCUCCAGCAAUUUAAAGAGGAGUACCAGCAACUUAAAGAAGUGUCCCAUGCCCCGCCAGUAUGGACCAGAGUCUCUGCUAUUAGGAGCAUGUGCCUCCCUGCUCGAGAAAGACCCUUCUGUUGUGGGACUGCUGAGGGUCGAAGAACAACAGGUACCAAUUGCUACCACAACAGUGCACCGUCAACAAUACCACACCAACCAUGACUCUGUGACCUCCAUCCGUGAGAUGAUUCAUGAACUGGGGAGCCAGGGAGUGGUCAGCAAGACUUGCUCAUGCUUUAGUAGUCCAAUAUGGCUAGUGCAUAAGUCCAAUGAAGAGUGGAGACUGACAGUAGACUAUUGUGGUGUAAGGGUACCUACUCCUACACGUGGCCUGAACGAAGUCACACCACCACUGAGUGCUGCUGUGUCGGACAUGCUGGAACUUCAGUACAAACUGGAGUCCAAGGCAGCAAAGAAGUGGAAACGAGGACAGGUGGCCUGGGAAGAAUACAGGGAAAUUGUACAGGCAGCUGGGGACAAGGUUAGGGAAGCCAAGGCCCAGUUAGAAUUGAGACUGGCCAGGGAUAUCAAGGAUAACAGGAAGGGCUUCUAUGGAUAUGUUGCAAACAAAAGAAAGACUAGGGAUAAUGUGGACCCUCUCUGAAAGGAAACGGGAGACCUGGCUACUCUGGACAAAGAGAUGACUGAGGUUCUCAAAGACUUCUAUGCCUCAGUGUUCAACGGCAAGUGCUCCAGCCACAUCCUCCAAGUCAGGAAAGGCAAAUGCAGGGACUGGGAGAAUGAAGACCCUGAGCCCACUGUAGGAGAGGAUCAGGUUCAAGACCAUCUAAGGAACCUGAAUGUGCACAAGUCCAUGGGACCCAAUGAGAUCCAUCUGCAGGUCCUGAGGGAGCUGGCAGACCAAGUUGCUAAGCCACUAUCCAUCAUUUUUGAAAAAUGGUGGCAGUCAGGUGAAGUUCCUGAUAACUGGAAAAUGGGAAAUAUAAUGUCCAUUUUUAAAAAGGAGAAAGCAGAAGACCUGGGGAACUAUAGACCAGUCAGUCUCACCUCUGUUCCAGGCAAGAUCAUGGAGCACAUUCUCCUGGAAACUAUGCUAAGACACAUGGAAAACAAAGAGGUGAUUGGUAACAGCCAACAUGGCUUUACAAAGGGAAAAUCAUGCCUGACAAAUUUGGUGACCUUCUAUGAUGUAGCUACAGCAUUGACAGAUGGGGGGAGAGAAGUGGAUAUUGUUUACCUUGACUUCAGCAAGGCUUUCAACACUGUCUCUCACAACAUCCUCAUAGGCAAACUCAGGAAGUGUGGACUGGAUGAGUGGACAGUGAGAUGGAUUCAGAACUGGCUGAAUGACAGAUCCCGGAGGGUUGUGGUCAGUGGCACAGGGUCUAGUUGGAGGCCUGUCACUAGUGGUGUCCCCCAAGGUUCAAUACUGGGCCCAAUAUUGUUUAACUUGUUCAUCAGUGACUUGGAUGAAGGAGGAUGCCUCCUCAGCAAGUUCACUGACGACACCGACACAAAGCUGGGAGGAGUGGCCGAUAUCUCAGAGGGCUGUGCAGCCCUUCAGAAGGACCUUGACAGGUUGGAGAGAUGGGCAAAGAAGAACUGUCUGAAAUUCAUUAAAGGCAAAUGUAGGGUCCUGCUCCUGGGGAGGAAUAACCCCAUGCACCAGUACAGGCUGGGGGGCGACCUGCUGGAAAGCAGCUCUGCAGGGAAGGACCUGGGGGUCCUGGUGGACAACAAGCUGUCCAUGAGCCAGCAGUGUGCCCUGAAGGCCAAUGGGAUCCUGGGGUACAUUAGGAAGAGCAUUGCCAGCAGGUCAGGGGAAGUGAUCCUGCCCCUCUACUCAGCCCUGGAGAAGCCUUCUCCCCACCUGACACUGCGGUCGGGAAGCGGCCUGAGUCCUUUGCCGGCCACCACAGCAGCCGCCGGGAGAAGCCCCAGGAGAGCCCCUACCAACCGUCUCGGAGUAAAUAUCAUUUUUGGUGACCCAGAUGGGACACCUCUGUCUGACUUCCCACGGAUCCGAGGAAUCUCUGGAUCUUCAUGCCAGCACAAGGACUUUCCUGGAGAAGACCACAGAUCCCCAGACCAGUCUGGGAUGCAGCUUCUCCUGGCGUCUUCUUUCUUAUCAGGUCUGGCCGCCUCCUUCCUCUUAUCAGAUUGUGUCGGCUAA